CACCAAAUUUAUAACCCUUUUACAAAUCAAAAACCAAGAAUCGAGAAAUAUCCAAAACUAGAACUCACAAUCCUGAAUCUGAUUCCCAAUUUCCCAUGUCCAAUUGAUUUAGAUUUAGGAGUAGUUGACAUCUUCCUUUUGUCAAACAUGGUGAUGGACUGAUGGUGUAUGCACGUCAGAUCGUGUAGUAAUCGAACCAGUCAAUUCAUCUUCCACAAUUUUAUUUUACUCAAAACUCCACCAUUUCCUUCCGGAGUUGGAGUAUUUCUCAUCUUCUUCUCUUUGAUUUGAUUGACGUGCCCUCAUCAACAACUACUGGGUUUAUAUGUGUUGCAGACAUUAGUGGUCUUAAGUCUCAACUUUAAAGCCUUUUCCCUCUUCAAUUUGGCACCCCUCAUCCAAUACUGGCUCGAAGGUUUCAAAUUUUCUCCUUUUUUCAGAAAUGGAUGGGAGUUCGGGUGACAGUGAGUCAUUAUACGCCCGUAUACAGGAACUGGAAAAAGAGCGAGAUGAUCUACAAAAAGACAUUGAGGAAUUGUGCAUGAAGCAAGCAGGUCCUGGGUAUGUUGCAUUUGCUACUCAGUUGUAUUGUCGAAGGACUGCUGGCUUGGAACAAGAGGUUGAGAACUUGAAGAAGAAGUUGGCUGAUUGUGUUAAAGAGAAUUCAAAUAUCACGGAGGAGCUAUCUGAGGCUAAGAGAAUAAAAACUCAUUUGGAUCAACUCCUCAAACUGGAGGUUGCAAAGAAUUCAGAAGUAACUAAACAGCUUGAAUAUUUGCGUGGAGUUGUUACUAAUGCUUUCGCUGAUCGUGAUCAUGCAAUACUAGAGGCUGAGAAGGCCAAAGAAAAUGAAGAUCUGGUGUCUCAGAAAUUAAAUGAUACUGAAAAAAGGUUACUAGAACUCACUGCAAGAUCGAUAGAGGCACAAGAGCAAUUAUUGAGUUUAAAGACGAAACUUGCUGAACAAGGUCAGGAGAUAGAAAUGUUCAGUAAGAUUAUUAAUAAAUUCUACAAGAUCCGACAGCAAACUUUUGAAGGUAAGACGGAUGGAGAAAGUGGGUGUGACGAUCAGUAUGAAGAUGUUUGCUGGGAUGAAAAAUGUGCAUGGCUUUGUAAUGACCCCCCAGAAUCAUGGAGCUUCAAUGUUUAUAAGGAGACUACGACUGCCGCCUAUGUAGCUGCUAUGCAAGAAGAGCUGGAGACGUUAAGAGGAGAUCUUCAAUUCAAGAUGCAAAUGGGGUUGGAAAUUGAAAAGCACCUAAGGAGUAAGAUUACUGAUUUGGUGCGAAAAAAGAUUCUGUCGGACAGACUUAUUGAAGGAAUUUCAUCCAUACGUGAAUAUCAUUCUCAACAAAAGACAUGCAUCAUAGAACUACUUGAUACUGAAAAAUUCUAUCUACAAUCUGUUGUCAGCAACAUUCAGGAAAAGAUUGAGAAGUUGUCAAAAGACAUCUACUCUGCUGAGGUAUCAGAUUCCAAUACACCAAAUGUUUCUCAGAUGAUAGAUUCCUCUGCUCUGUCACAGGCGUUGCAGGAGAAAGUUUCGGCUUUACUGCUUCUAUCACAGCAAGAAGAAAGACAUUUGUUUGAAAAAAAUGUCCAAGUUGCUUUUCAGGAAACUUUGGAUGAGCUUCAGAGAACACUACAGCUUGCCACUCAGGAGAAGGUGAAGGCUCUUGUUGAACUGGCAGAUGUGAAAAAGGAAUAUCAGUUGUUAUUAGAGAAGACUACUCAUCAAGAAAACCUUCUUCCUAGUCAUGGUGAUAGUAGAACAAUUGCUUCUGAAAGAGAUGGGAGGUUAACGAACUUUUUGAAGAAAACUUCAAAACGCUGGCUUGGUACAGAAUGGAAUUCUCCUCCUCCUGCUCCCCCUAACUUGGAAUCUGAACAAUCUUUGGACAGAAGCUCUAAUCGCAGCAUGGAUGAUGCAAGGCUUCGGAUUGAGAUUGCAAGCCUUAGAGAGAGCAUGCAAAACUUGGUACGAUUGACAUCUGAUAUUCGUAAACUUAGAGUCUCUCUCAUACAGGCCAAACGCACACGUUCAUCGACAGGUGCAUCUACCAAUACAACAAAGAAGCUGGAUGAAAUCAUGAAGGAAGCAGAACUGGUAAAAACUGCUCUUAGUGCUGCCUUGCCUCUUAGCUGGUUUGCGGAGGAAGAUAGCAAUAUUAAUGUGGAGGACAAUAGUAAGGUGGGGGAGUGUAGUGCUGAUAAAAUGGAUUCAGUUUCUGCAGCUGGCAUUGAGAUGGUAGAGCUUGUUAUACUAGCAGCUCAGAUAAUGAAGGAGAAGAAGAAGAUGAGACGAGAGCACAAAUUACAAUGAAGAGGGAAUAUAUUUUCAGGUGACAAGUAGCGCGGCAGAUGCAAGUGGUAAAUGCUGUAAAUUAGAUUUGAGUAGCAGAUUUUGUCCAUUUUGAGAAAUACUAUUACUACUACUACUACUACAGUAGCUUUACUUUGUAAAUAUUGCCCAAUACUGCUCUAUGUAUUCUCCUUUAGGCUCCCUUGUUACCUAAUGUAAUUUGUCCAAUUACUAUAAGGAAUGUCCUAUAGGCUAUUACUAUACUUGUA